UCGCUAAUCAUUAUCAAGCGCCAUCUCGACAACAACAAGAACAACAACACCACCUCACCUAACCUGCUCACAACACCAAGGUGGCGAAAGAAUCCUUUUCGGGAACACUACCUCUCCUCGCCAACUAGGAAAACCCCAAACACCGAUACCAACAACAACACAAAGAAAAGGAAAGUCCAUACACACAAUGCCCACCGCCACCACCUACACACCACCUCUCGACAUGGACCCCUCGACAUGGCAGGCCCACGCGCUCGUCGCGCUCGACCACAUUGCCGAGCAGCGCCGCGGUCUGGACGGCGAGCCCGUCAACAGCGCCGCCAUCGAGGAUCUGCUCGCCGCCUACGACGACGUCGUGUUUGACUUUUCCCCCGGCUCCUCCUCCUGCUCCCCCGGCCUCCGCCUGAGCUGGUACAAUCUCGUCGUCGGCAACGUCACGGACGCCGUGCACUCGGUCAACAUCCCCUCCUCCUCGCCUUCGUCGUCUUGUGGUGCGUGGGCCAGAGACGCCAGCGGCGGCGGCAGCGGCGGUGGCUUCGUCGCGUCCGCGCUCGUAGCGAGCUUCAAGAAGAGCCCGGUUGAUUUGGAUGGAGAUGAUGAGGGAUGGGAGCACCUGGACAGUGAAGACGACGACGAGGUCGACGGGCUGGGACAGGGACCGGAUAUCCAGGCCGUGUAUGAGUGGUGCAUCGAGCAGGCGCGUGGUCGUCGUGCUGGGUAUUCCGGUGGUGGUGCCGGAGAUGAUGAGAGUCUGGGCGCUGGCGGGCGGCAGAACGUUUUCCGGUUCGAGUUUGGACGGUACGCGAGCUCGGAGAUGAGGAGGCGGUUGAUGGUCGUUGGCUGAAAGGCACAGAGAGAGAUAGGGACUUUUGUGUACUGCCAGCGUUGUGCAAGGGGGAAGUCGGUCGUGGGGGCACUCAUGAGCAUGAGUUGCCGCGCGGUUUUUUAAUUCUUAAUAUCGCAGUACAGUUCUGAGGCGUGAUAAUAUCAGAGUUUUACUGUCA